AUGGCCCAGGUCGACAAGGGGAAAUCGAGGGAAGAGGAGACUUGGAAGCCAGGAUGGUGGCAAUUCAGCUCGCUGAGUGAGCCGCAGACGCCUAUCGUAUGGACACGGCACUCUACUAUACUUAUGGGACAUCCUACGCAGCCUCAGGUGUAUGGACGAGUCUUCCCUUCCUCUCGACCAUUUGUUGUACCCUCUCCGGCGCUUGUGCUCUCUGGGACAUACGGACCUCCUACGAAUCUAUCCAUAUGCCCCGAUGAUAAACACCUGUUUGCCUACUUUCCACCCAUGCAAGGGCCUUCCGGCGUUGCGUGUCUCUGGGCUCGCGAGCAGGCAGACAUCUGGAACGUCAAAGAAUGUUGGUUGAGUACUGGUUGCGUUACAGUCGCUUGGCUGGGUGCACCGCGAGAGUGGGCACACGGCGUCAAUGGCCCGUCGCGACUACCCCCACGAGGGCCACGGAUACCGCAGGCGUCUGCAACAGUGGCUGUGGUGUCUCAGGAUAUGCAACUGCAUGUGUGCUUUCUCAGGCGCUCGUCCGGUGUUUUGAGCAUGCUCUCGUGCUGCUUGUCAUAUCCCGACGAGUUUACGGAAGAUGCGGGCUCGUCAUUCGAGCGCCCUACGCAGGGUCCUGAGGGCGCUAAGAUAUGCUCAGUCGCAGCAAUCGGGCUUUCAUACAAUGAGGAUUCAUUGUUGGUGGCGACGGUCUCUAGGCGCUUACCGCAACCUGUUUCGAAUGAUCCGAGCCUAACUCUCGACCUUGGCAUGGGAAUGGGCAUACCAGGCUCCUCCCAACCAGAACCGACCGCGUUCAAUGAUUGGGAGAGAUUGGGAGACGAUUCUAUUCUCGAAAUCUCAGAGGCGCGGUUGGGAACCGUAGACGGCAGCUCUCAAUUGAAUCUUAGUACGACCCCGAUGCAAAGCGAGAUUCUGUAUACCGGAAAUAUGUCUAAGCUCCUGUUCGUCCCCAUCACUGGCAAGGAUCUGCCCGCAAAGCUCUGUCUUAUUGCCCUCACCACUGAAGACGGCGAUUAUUCGGACCCUCCUGUCACGAAACUGACCAGCUGGCCUCUUGCACGCAGUUCUAAAUCCACACCUCCGAAAUGGGGGUUGGGUCCCGAGGCAUCGAGGACAUUCACUGGCGAGGUCGUUACCUUCAUGCACUCUCAUCACGUCGUCUCUGCCGCUACUACCCUGCUUAUUGGGACAGUGCAGACCGAAGUGCAGCUACCGCGAUCGCGACGUAAAAGUCGAGAAGUGGCAAUUGGGCAUACGACCGUAUUGAAUGCGCACAACUUGACCGAGAAUGAAAGUUGGCUGAGAGCACCUUUACUCGUUCCCGUGGACGGGAUUCAUCAGGAGCUACCAUUCGACGUCGCGUUGUCGCCCACAGGCAGUCUGGCUUGCUCGACCUGUACAGCAUCCUCGAUUCGUCUACGCGUCCUCAUCCACCCAUUACCCAAACUGAAGGCGCCACCUGAACAUAUCGGACCGGAAUACACCACUGACACGGGCUGUGCAACAUAUGUGCUCCAGUCCCGCGGUCCGUGGGAUGAGCUCUCGCAUCGUCUGGGGAGCACGGCUAUGCCAUUACCACACGCGGAACGUAUCCUGUUCGAGUCUGUCAUCUGCAUUGAGGGCUGCGUAGAGGGUAUUCGGCCCGUGCACGAACAUGACUUCCUUGGUCUGCUCGUAGGCGUUUACAGGACACGCUGGCGAAAUACAGAACCAUCCGAGAUGAAGGAUGACCUCAACCUCCGUUGGCAUACUGCACAUGAUAUGUGCUCUAUCAUGACAGUACACAAGGCCUUUGUGUUCUGCAAGGAGCGUGAUAACGAUAGCUUCGAGGCUGUAUGGCAACUCAUACAACUGUCGAACUGGUUCAUAGCGUUCACUCAAGACCUCUUACGGGAAUGUUCAUUAUUGUAUGACGCUGGUGAAGUGGUGCCAGAUUCCCCUAACGAAAGUCUGGCGCCCAUCUUCGUUCAUCUUCUGUACCCCACAAACCUCCGGAGGUUACACACACUACUUCGCGACGUCAAGGACUUCUACGAGCAGCUCAGCCAGCACAAGACUGUCGGAGAGAACUCGCAAAUCGCGAAGCACGUGCUAAACGAUGCCGUGGACUGUUCGGGCGUCAAGCUCGCGGAGUUGGAUAAGGCUUUAGACGCUGUCGAGGAAGCUGUCAAGGAGAUGGACAACCCACUCCUAGCGCGCAGUCUAGCAUAUUGUCGGCCCGUACCCGAACUAACCACAGAAAUCCGCUCACUUGCGACCAAGAUCGUCGAGGCCGGAGCAAUUGACAAGCCUCAGCUCUUCAUCAACGCGCCGGACCUCAUCUCGGGAUUCCUUCGCAUGGACCUCGCCAACUCCGAUAAUAGGCAGAAGGACGGCCAGCGUGAUGUGGUAUCGAAGAGCUUACUCUUGCCUUCUCUUCCCUCUUACGAGUGCAUGCGGUGCGGCGGGUGCACGCAGGUGUAUGCUCAUGUUGGUGGAAAUCACAACUCGAAAGGCUGGGGGAUUUGGGAGAGGCUGUGGUCACAGAGGUGUAUAUGCGGAGGCGUAUGGACGACGAGUCAAGCUUAUGCAUCAAUCCUAGGGUCUUAA